UGAUGCAGCAGGCCAUGAUUUUUCUUUUUUCUCAUCUCUCUUCUUCUUCUCCUCUCUUCUCCUUCGUCCUCCCUCUCCUCUCUCCUUCCUCCCUCGCCUGUGUGCCACAGAGCUGGGGGCGUCGUUGCCAGGAGCGACGGCGACGACAUCAUGGAUUAUUUACAGACUGCCUUGAAUUGAGGACCACCGCCGGCGGCACUGGGGGUCAGGCAGACAGACGGCUCUCUGUGCAGACCGCAGGCAGACAGGCAGACACAUCUGGGCUGAAUCCGCAGCAGAGCUUCAGAGGAGGAGAAAGGCCCAGAAACCCUCGUCGGGCCUUGAUCAGGGGACCAUGGCAGACAUGAAGACUCCGGACUUUGACGACCUGCUGGCGGCCUUCGACAUCCCCGACAUGGUGGACCCCAAGGCUGCGAUCGAGUCCGGCCAGAACGACGACCACGAAGGACCCCUCAAGCAGGCCAACGGGGGCAGGGGGGGGGCGACCAGUGAGGACGGGCCCCUGUCGGCACACGACGUUGGCGUUAGCGUCAUCGUGAAGAACGUCAGGAGUGCGGACGCCGGAGAGCAAGACGGAUCCCUGCAGAAGAACGUCAGGAAGAGCCAUAACCCCCGGCAUGCCCACGAUCCCCAUGGUAACGGUGUUCAUUAUGGUUUACUACAGGCAACUGCAUCCGCUAUCAAACUCGACUCCAAGAACGGAUGGCGAGUUCCCAUGGAGGAAAGUCCAUCAGCCAAUGCUACAACCCUGACGAUUCAUCAGUUCAGCCCCAUAUCCAGUGCUGAAGAGUUUGAUGACGAUGAUAGGAUUGAGGUAGACGAGCCCACAGUGAUGAACUGCAGCCAGCCAUUAUUUAGACCCACUCCCAACACCUUCGCUGUCCAUCCUUCCUGUCCCAAGAAAGAAGAGCAGAAUCGUCGGUUACCUACGUUGGUGGACUUUGACUCCAAGCUCAGAGCAACUAGAAAUCUAGGUCAAACUAAAGCUGAGGCGAAUAACAAGUAUGGUACUUUAAAUAACACCAAACCCACGGACACGUCCAAGGCAAAGCCCGAAGUGCAAGCAAAACAGGAAGGCAUCAACCCCCAGGCACAGGAAGGUAAAGAGGCUGUUGAACUGUCAGGAAGCAGCUCAGAUCUAAGUGUUUCCCAGGCCAAAGCAAAGACCUCUGCCAAGCUUUCUUCUUGCAUAGCCGCCAUAGCAGCCCUCAGUGCAAAGAAAACCAGUAGCAGGCCCCCGAGAGGCUCCGAUCGCCCUACAAUCCAGAAGGAAUCAAUCGCUGUCAGUCCCCGCGGCGAAUCACCGAAGGUAGCCAAGGAGAGCCCAGGCCCUCCAGAGAGGCAAUCCAAACAGGAGUCAGCUCUUGAAGUUGCCAAACGACUGUUGUCAAGAGAACCAGACAGCCCAUGUAGUGUCACUAGUGAAUGUAGCAGUAAAGAAUCCCCUGCCUCGCCUACAGGCACCACCCCGGUUAUCCCCAAAGUUCGGAUCAAGACCAUCAAGACCUCGUCGGGCCAGAUCAAACGCACCGUCACCAGAGUCCUUCCCGAGGUUGACGCUGAAGGCAAGAGUGGGGAGGAUUCCAACAACUUGACUGCAAUGGUUUCCUCUGCGCUUUCCCCCACCACAUCCAACACAGUCUCUCCCUCCCCGAGAAAAGACUCGCUUCCCAACACAGUGCUAGCAGGCCGUCGCUCGUUGGAAGUAACAAGGCACAUGACCAUCAAGCCUGUGGCGACUGCCUUUCUCCCAGUCUCAGCAGUCAACAAGGCAGGUUCACAAGUCAUCAAUCUUAAGCUAGCGAACAACACCACAGUCAAAGCAACGGUAAUCCCUGCGUCCUCUUUGCAAAGUGCCAGCAGUGCUAUCCGUAGAGCUGCCAACGCCACCCAACAACAGACUGUCAUGGUGCCGAACUCCAGUCUGGCAAACGCCAAACUCGUGCCAAAGACUGUUCAUCUGACCAACCUUAACCUUCUCCCAAAAGCUGCAUCCAACACCACCUGUGAGAUCCAACAGGCUGCACCAGGCAAGAAAAUAAAACAACAGCAAGUCAAACCACAAACCGCCAAGGCUGGCCAGCUCCCGAAGAAAGUGUCCAGGGUCCAGGUGUUGUCCAGCACUCAAAGUACCGUGGUGGAGGCAUUUAACAAGGUCCUGAGUAGCAUCAACCCUGUGCCUGUAUAUGUGCCCAACCUCUCCCCGCCUACCUCAGCCUGUAUCUCCCUCCCUUCCCGUGGCUACAAGUGCCUUGAAUGCGGGGACUCCUUUGCGCUGGACAAAAGCCUAAGCCAACACUUUGAGCGGCGCAGCGUACGAAUAGAGGUCACCUGCAACCACUGCGCAAAGAGCCUGGUGUUCUACAACAAGUGCAGCCUGCUGUCCCACGCCAGGGGGCAUAAGGACAAAGGGGCGGUCAUGCAGUGUUCCCACCUUAUUCUGAAACCCAUUCCCACCAACCAGAUGACACACACGUCCCCCCCCGUCGGCCCAUGUGGUGCUGCUUCGGCCCCUGUCUCGACCGGGCCGACCGUGAACCUCGCGACGACUGUGUCCCAAGCAAAGGCGACCAGCGCGGGGGCGCCGAUGGCGGUCAUCUCAGCCCCGAGUGGUUCUCCCCUAGUGGCGGCCAUGCCUCUGGAGGACGACGGGACCAAGCAGUGUAGACAGUGUCUCAAGUGCCUGGAGUGCAACGAGAUGUUCCUGGAUGAGAGCUCCCUAGUGAUCCACUAUCAGCAAGCAGUGGAGAUCAACGCACAGAAAACCUGCAGUGUCUGCCAAAUGCUGCUCCCCAACCAGUGCAGCUUUGUGUCCCAUCAACGGAUCCACCAGCACAAGUCUCCCUUCAUCUGCCCUGAGUGUGGAACCAGCUGCCGGUCGGUCCACUUCCAGUCUCACAUUACCAAGAACUGCCUGCAUUACACCCGCAGGGUCGGCUACCGGUGCGUCCACUGCAGUGUGAUCUUUGGAGAUGCGGCGUCCCUCAAGUCCCACAUCCAGAACACCCACUGCGAGGUGUUCUAUAAAUGUCCCAUGUGCCCCAUGGCGUUCAAGUCUGCACAAGCCAUUCACUCACAUGGGUACACCCAGCAUCCAGGAGCCAAGCUGGCGGAACCCAAGUUGAUUUAUAAAUGUUCCAUGUGUGACACGGUGUUCACGCUGCAGUCCCUGCUCAACUCACACUUCGAUCAGCACGUCGGCAGCCACAAGGUGUCUGUGUUCAAGUGUCCCGACUGCUCCUCGCUGUACGCCCAGAAGCAGCUCCUGUUGGACCACAUCAAGAUCACACAUGGGACCCUAAAGACCAUCGAGGGUCCUCCCAACCUGGGCAUCAACCUGCCCCUGAGCACCAAGCCCACCCAUUCCAACAGCAACAACAACAACAACAACAACAGCAGCAGCAACAAAGAUGGCGGCCAUGCCAACCUCCCAGGCAAGAAGCCCGGGCCCUUGUCCCUGAAGACGACCAACAGCCACUGUAACUCAGGGGACCAUCGGGGCCCCCAGGGGCCCCAGGUGUACACGUGUGGGGACUGCGACGGUGUCUUUACCACCAGGGAGGGGUUUGUGUCCCAUGUGAGGCGAGACCACGGCAAGAUCCUUAAGAAGCAUCCGUGUCGGCAGUGUGACAAGUCCUUUAGUUCCUCGCACAGCCUGUGUCGACACAACCGACUGAAACACAAGGGUCUGCGGAAAAUCUACACCUGUCCGCAUUGCCCUCCUCUGAGUCAGCCGUUCCCCAAGAGAGUGCUGCUUGAUCAACACAUCCAACUGAUGCACGACGUCAAGGAACCAGAGUCCAAGAGCCAGGAACCUGCUGAUGUGGAACCCCAACCCAACAAGGCCGCCAGCUCCAAGAGGAAACCAGAGGAGGAAGAAGAGGGGGACGGCGAGGGGUCUCCCGGCCUGCACCCCAGGGGCGCCCACGGUCCACAGCCGCCGCCGGUGAAGAAGCCCAAGGUCCAGCUCCCCAAGGCGCUCCAGUGCGCCGUCUGCGGCUUCUGCGGCGCGGCCGACCCGGCGGCCUUCCGCCUGCACAUCCCGCAGCACAAGACGGACGGCUCGUCGCACCAGUGCCAGGAGUGCGGCCUCUGCUACACCUCGCACCGCUCGCUGGCGCGCCACCUCUUCAUCGUCCACCGGCUGAAGGACCACCACAACCUGGCCCGGCGCGGACGCACGGACGCCGCCUCCGCCGCCGACGAGGAGGACGGCGAAGGCGACGGUCCGAGCGGGAGGGAGAACCAAUCGGACGUCAGGGACGAGAACGACCGCGGGCUGCCGGGCCCGAGGUGCAAGGUGUGCCGGAAGGUGUUUGACACGGAGGGACACCUGAACAGCCACAUGAGGACUCACGGGAUGGCGUUCAUCAAGGCCAAGAGGCUGAGCGCUGCCGAGAAGUGAAGGGGGCGGGGUCAGAGCUCCGGUGGUGGCGAGGAGGACUCGAGGGUCGAGGGACAAUGACCAAGAUGGCGUGAUGAAGAUCUUUAUAUUUGACUACACGUUUUGCACAAACGUAUAUUUAUGUAUGUAUAUGUAUGUAUAUAUAAAGAACUGAAUGGAUCUAUGUGCUAAAUGUAAGUGUAAGACAGACAGAUGCAAUGUGUUGUAGGAAGAUGUUUCAGUGUCACUUUAUGUGUGGUCAGACGGAGUUGAACAAUUUAAAUAACUUUUUUGUACACGAGAGGUCUUUCAAUAGAUCUUUUUUUAUAGAGAGAGAAAAUAGUGUUUUAUUUUGCAGCAGUUCCGUUGUGGGCGCGACACUGUGGGUGUCGUAUCACGUGCAGGUUGUUUUGGUGGGACCCUGGGAAGCCAUGCUCAGAGUUGCAAAUACUCUUAAUGUCCAAUGAAUGUUUAAUAGCACUGCGACACCCCGUCCCACACACACUCACACACACACACACACACAUACACACACACACACACACACACACACACACACACACACAACACAAACACACACAG